AUGCGCUCAGCCUCCGGACCUUACGAGGGAAUUGAUGUACCAUUUGUGCGAGGUCAACUGCGAUCCAUACUCCUGAUUGACUCGAUCAGGGCCAACAACAGAGGGUAUCCCGAACGGGUCUCAUUUCGCGAUUUUCGCCGUCGCUUUGGAUGUUUGGUCGAGGACGAACUGAACUCAUCUAUCGAUAAUGCGCUGGACGAUCGAGCUGCAGUGUCGAAGAUUCUCGAGGGAAUGGACAUACAUCAACAUAGAUAUCGCUUGGGAAUCAGCCAGGUUCUCCUCUCUGCCGAUGUGCUCUGCGAACUAGAAGAUCGUCGAGAACUUUCUCUGUCGGGUUUGGUAACUGCAUUCCAGCGAGAAUGUCGUAGACACCUCGCGGCAAAGUGGUUGCAGCGAAGGCGCGUUCUGGAGACCGCUAUCAAAUGCAUCCAGAAAAACGGCAAAGCUUACAUCAAAGUGCGAGAAUGGCCGUGGUGGCGACUGUAUACAAAAGUGAUUCCGCUACUCGCUGCUACGAGAAGUGACCCAUCUCAUCAUGAAUGCGAAGUUCGAAUUCGUGCGCUCGAGCAACAGCUUCAUCAACUUCGUGUUGAAAAGACGCAACAGCAGGGAAGGGUAGAAGAACUGGAGCAGCGACUAGCCAGUGAAGUUCAAACGGCGCAUGAUCUCAGUCAAGCUCUGGAUCGAGAAAGCCAGACGAGAGUACAGUUGGAGAGAAGACUGCAACAAUGGAGGGAUGGGGUUAUCGAUGAUGAGCGUAUUAGUCGUGUGUCAUCAUCAGCGAAGUUGGAGUCCGACGAAAAGGCUGCCGGGCUCAAGACGGAACUGGUUCGCGUGCAACAAACUGAAGAGCAGUUGCGAGCAAAGACUCAGCGAGCUGUGGCCCAGCUCCAGGAUGUUGAAGCUGAAUUGAACAAAGUUCGUUCUCGAAAUGAAACACUGGAGAAGAAACAGCAGAGGUUUGAUGCUGACAUCCGAGCAGUCGAAGAUCAGUUGAAGGAAGUCAAGGAAAGUAAGGAGAAAGUCGAGAAGGAGAGAGACGAGUGUCAACUGGCGAUAUCAAGAAAGACCGGUGAACUUCAGGAACUGAAAACGGAAAAUUCUGAAUUGCGAACGACAGUGGCUCGACUGAAACGUGAAGCGGAAGAACGGACCGAUGCAGCGAGCGAGGGAGAGCGGAUAGCAACUCUUCAGAAAGCAAAAAGGGAGCUGGAGAACAAAUUACGUGAACAGGAAGAAGAAUUGGACGAUCUGGCCGGGACCAACCAACAGCUACAACAACAGAUUACCCGCUUAGAAAUGAGCGCUGAACGACUCAAGGCAGAUUUGUCUCGUGAAUCCACUACGAAGGAAACGGAGAUCGACGAAAUUCGUGGCCAGUAUCAGAGAAGACUGAGAACGUUAGAAGACCAACUGGCCGAUUUGCAAGAUACAAAUUCAUCGUUGGUUAAAGAGAACCGUGUGCUGGAGGCAAGAGCUCGACAGUAUGACUUGAAUACGCAAAGCUUUGAAUUCUCCGGAGAACAUUAUCGCCGUGAGCUAAGGAAGGCGCUGGCUCUUUUGGCUGACACACAAACCCUUCUAGCUCAUGAAAGAGAAUCUGCUCCGUCCCAGUCGUUAAUUCGCCAGCUCAGAGAUCAACUGGAAGAUGCUGAAGCUGCGAAAAUGAGCGCGUUGAAGGGCCGUCAUGGACUGGAAAGCGAGUUGAACGAAGUGCGAGUUCAGCUGGAGCAAGCGUUGGUGGCUAAAAGUGCAGCCGAAGAUAAGGCGUUGAUUCUUCUGAAGGAGAAAAACAGUGGUAUGGCUCUCAUCGAAGAAAAGGAUGAGCAGUAUCAGCAACUGAUGAGAAAGUACAAAGCGGCCAUUCAACAGACGCAUCUUGACCAUAUUGCGAUGGUGGAUCAUAUAGAGCAGAUUGCUGAGCUCGAAAAGGCCAAACAGAAGCUCACAGAGCAGUUGAACGAGGAGACGUCGAAUGCGGCAUUCCUUGCUCAGCAUACGGUAGAGAAACAUAAAUUGAUACUCUCUGAACAGAAGACACGAGAUCUGGAAGCUAAGCUGGAUCUGGAAAUCGCGCAGAAACAACGCUUAGAAUCUAUAGUCAUCAAGUUGCGAGACGAGGUCGAUUCUCUACAGGAGCAGAUUACAGAAGCGGGUACCAGUCGAGACAAGGAAAGUGAGGCACUGAGGAAAGCAAGGAAGGAAAAUCAGCAGCUGCAGGAAACAAUCGAAGAGUUACAGAAGCGAGAUUUAGAUUCGGCACACAAGAAAAAAGCCUCGCGUGAUGAAAUCGAUCGCUUGGAAGAGUCGAACAAGACGCUUAGCGCUGAACUUAAACUGGCCCAGCGACGAAUUGAGAGCCUGCAGGCAGCUCUCAGUGAAGGCUUAGGCGAUGAAGACUCGGAAGGCGAGAGUGAUAAUGAACGACUGGUGGAUGACGGUAGAAGCACUGGUAUGAAUAUUCUAUAA